CCCAUCGAUCCCAUCGAUCCCCGGCUCUCCCCCACCGCGAUGUUCUUCACCUGCGGCCCCAACGAGGCCAUGGUGGUCUCAGGUUUCUGCCGCAGCCCCCCGGUGAUGGUGGCCGGGGGCCGGGUGUUGGUGAUCCCGUGCCUGCAGCAGAUCCAGAGGAUCUCCCUGAACACGCUGACGCUGCCCGUGCGCAGUGAGAAGGUUUACACCCGCCACGGGGUGCCCAUCUCCGUCACCGGCAUCGCACAGGUGAAGAUCCAGGGCCAGAACAAGGAGAUGCUGGCGGCCGCCUGCCAGAUGUUCCUGGGCAAGUCGGAGAGCGAGAUUGGCCAGAUCGCCCUGGAGACGCUGGAGGGCCACCAGCGCGCCAUCAUGGCCCACAUGACCGUGGAGGAGAUCUACAAGGACCGGCAGAAGUUCUCGGAUCAGGUUUUCCGCGUGGCCUCGUCCGACCUGGUGAACAUGGGCAUCUCCGUGGUCAGCUACACCCUCAAGGACGUGCACGACGAGCAGGAUUACCUGCGCUCCCUCGGGAAGGGCCGCACGGCGCAGGUGCAGCGCGACGCCCGCGUGGGAGAGGCCGAGGCCAAACGCGACGCCGGGAUCCGCGAGGCGCGGGCGCGGCAGGAGCAGGUGUCGGCGCAGCUGCUGAGCGAGGAGGCCACGGCGCGAGCCCAGCGCGACUUCCAGGUGGCCCAGGCUGAGUGUGACGGAGCCGUCAGUGCCCGCAGGGCCACGGCUGAGCUGGCAUUCCAGCUGCAGGCGGCACGCUCGCAGCAGGCCAUCGCGGCGCAGCGUGGGGAGGUGGCGCUGGUGGAGCGGGCACAGCGGGUGCAGCUGCAGGAGCAGGAGGUCGGGCGGCGCCGCCAGGAGCUCGAGGCCACCGUGCGCAAACCGGCCGAGGCUGAGCGCUACCGGCUGGAGCGGCUGGCUGAGGCGCAGCGGACGCAGGUGCUGCUGCAGGCGGAGGCCGAGGCUGAGACCCUGAAGGUGACGGGCGCUGCCCGUGCCGCGGCCGUGGCCUCUCGUGCCCGCGCCGAGGCCGCGGCGGCUGCGGCCAAGGCCGAGGCCUUCGGGCAGUUCCAGGACGCGGCCGUGGUGGAUCUGGUGCUGCAGAGGCUGCCCCAGGUGGCCGAGGCGGUGGCGCAGCCGCUGCUGGGGACGCGCCGGGUGACGCUCGUGGGCGGCUCCGGGGCCGUCGGGGUGGCCAAAAUCCCCUCGGAGAUCCUGGACUUGGUCACGCGGCUGCCGGGGGCCGUGGGGGCGCUGGCCCGGGGCUCCCAGGUGUCCCCGACGGAGCCCGAGGGUGGCACCGGAGCCACCGAAACGUCUCCAAAUGCCCCCAGAGUGACCCUGAGUGCCAACCCCCAGUGACACCAAAGUGUCCCCAAGUGCCACCACCCCCCAGAGCCGCCGGGACCCCGCUGUGUCCCCGAAGUGCCACCCAAGUGCCACCACCCUCUGAUGCCACUGCAUCCCCCAAGUGCCGCCGGUGGCCCCUGAGGCCACCAAGAUGCCACCAGCCCCCAAGUCCCUUUGUCCCCAGAGUGCCACCACGCCUUGCAUGUCCCCAAAGUGCCACCACUGCAGUGUCAGCGUGUCCCCAA